UUUAAAUUUAUUUAUUUUUGCCCCUAGUCAAAAUCCUGCAUCCAAUUCUUCUAUAUAUAUACAAGACUAUCUGCGCUUUGGUAUAUAUCAAGGAAAUACAAAUCUACCCCUAAAUAAGAGAAAUUAAAAAUGAGAGCUCAAAGAGUUAGUGUGCACAUGAAUACUGGAAAUGGUGACACCAGUUACACCAACAAUUCAUCCCAUCAAAAAAUAGGGAUACUAAAAUCAUGGCAUGUUAUGGAUGAGACCUUGAAAGACAUGUUUAGCAAGGGCUUCCCCAGACAGUGCUUCAGGAUGGCCGACUUGGGCUGCUCGUCCGGGCCCAAUGCCCUUUUGGUCAUUUCGCGCAUAACCGGGAAAAUCGAGGAGCUCUGCAAGGAAAAUGAGAAAAUAAUCGAGAUCGAGGUGUUUCUGAACGACCUACCGGACAACGACUUCAACAACCUAUUCAAGAUUCUGCCCGAAUUCUAUUAUAAGAAUAAUAAUUCUCCAAGGCCGAAAACAUUUGUAUACGGCUUGCCAGGCUCGUUUUACGGGAGACUUUUCCCAAGCAACAGCCUCGACUUUGUUUACUCAUCCUACAGUCUUCAGUGGCUCUCUCAGGUUCCACAAGGAUUGGAGAAUAAUAGGGAGAACAUACACAUGGCCAAGGCAAGUCCACCGGAGGUAUAUGAAGCUUACUACAGACAAUACAAGACAGAUUUCACCACAUUCCUUGAGUCGAGAGCGGCCGAAAUGGGUGUCGGGGCCCACAUGGUCUUAACGUUCGUCGGCAGAAGUGUCGAAAACCCCUCCACGAAAGACGAAACCGAGCAUUUCAAACUGCUCUCAGAUACAAUUCUUGACAUGAUUCAAGAGUCAUUUUACUACAACAAAAUAACAAUCGCAACAUGCAGACAAGAAGUCGAGACAUUGAUCCGCGAACAAGGUUCGUUUAAUUUGGACAGGCUCGAAGGCUUCUUCAUCCCUUGGGAUGCACAUGUUAAGCAUGGAGAUGAUUAUGAUGGAAAAGUCGACAAUUUCAAAAGGGGCGAGCUUGUUUCGAAUUUCAUUCGUGCUUAUACAGAGCCCGUUUUAGCUUCGCAUUUUGGAAAAUCCAUUAUUGACGAUUUAUACGCAAGGUAUGCUAAGAAGCUAGCCAAGCAUCUGUCUGAAGAGGAGCCCAUGUUUUUUAAUAUGGUCAUUUCUUUGAGCAAGAAGUGA